UCCAGUGUGUUGUUUCGUGGUUCAUAAACGCUGUCAUGAGUUCGUCACCUUCUCCUGUCCGGGGGCCGACAAGAACGCAUCAGACGACCCGAGGAGUAAACACAAGUUUAAGGUCCAUACCUACUCCAGCCCUACGUUCUGUGACCACUGUGGAUCCCUACUUUACGGGUUGAUACACCAGGGCAUGAGAUGUGACCAUUGUAUGAUGAACAUCCAUAAUCGGUGUGUGUCCAACGUUCCCAGUCUGUGUGGAACAGACCACACUGAGAGGAGAGGACGCAUCCAGAUCACCGCAGAUAUCAAGGACAACAAACUCACCGUCUACAUCCAGGAGGCUUGUAACCUGGUCCCCAUGGACCCUAACGGUCUGUCUGACCCCUACGUGAAGCUCAAACUCAUCCCCGACCCCAAGAGUGACACCAAGCAGAAGACCAAGACCAUCAAGUGUAACCUGAACCCCACCUGGAAUGAGACCUUCACAUUUCCUCUGAAGGACUCUGAUAAGGACCGGCGUCUGUCGGUGGAGAUCUGGGACUGGGAUCUGACCAGCAGGAACGACUUCAUGGGAGCGCUCUCAUUCGGCAUCUCAGAGCUCCAGAAACAAGGAGUGGACGGAUG